AUGCCUGGUUGUUACAAGAAAACCAUAUUCUCCUUAGCAGCUGCUUUUAGUUUUUCCUCUUUUCUGUUGAUAACAGUUGCCAUGGGAACCCAGAAAUGGAUAACUGGGAAAAUUCUUUGUCAAACAGGAGUUGAUUUGGUAAACGCCUCUGAUCCAGAACUAAUUAAGUUUAUUGGAGAUAUUUAUUAUGGACUCUUCCAAGGGGGCAAAGUAAGACAGUGUGGCCUAGGAAAGAGACAAUUCAAGUUCACAAUCUUUCCACAAAUGGUGAAAACAUUGAAUACAACGCUCCACAUGGUUAUCAUCAUCUUCCUCUGCACUUCCAUUUCUUUUGCUCUGGUCAGCUUUGGAUUCUGUAUUUACAAUGCACUAAAAGUCCCAUACAAAACAAUUAAAGGCCCUGCUGGUAUAUGUCUUUGGAAUUUUCUUGCAGGUUUGUUCAUUGUGUUUGCCGUUUCCAGCUUUAUUGCUGCAGUCACACUUCAUCAUUUAACGGAAAGAAUUGCAAAUUUUCGAGAAAAUGUUUUUAGGAUUGUCAUUCUAGAAGAAACUUAUGAAGACUCUUUUUGGCUAUGUGUGGCAAGUGCAGCAACUCACGCUCUGAACAUGUUAUUGAUGGCAGCAAGUUCAAUUCGUCUUCCGAAAUUUAAGACUAAAACAGAAGAAGCGAACGUAGCAGCAGAAGAUAUCAUGUACUAAUUACUGAGAAAAAAAUACUUCCUAUUACAUAAGAAUUAAUGUAAAAAAAUAAUAAUAAAUGAAAUACACUGCAUUGGAGCAAAACAGUUUUUACAUAAAAUUAUUUAUACAGCAGAUAUGCUAAUUUACGAAUAUUUAAUAAAGGAGACUAUUUCAUUCA